AUGCAGCUACAGACUUGGCUAGCACUCGGCCUCGCCACACUUGCGCACGCUGAAUACCCAAGUCUGACCGUCGAUCUUGGAUACGCCAAAUACGUGGGGAUUCACAACGAGACUACAGGUUUGAAUACAUGGAAAGGUAUGCGCUAUGCUGCGCCUCCUAUUGGAGAUCUCAGCUUCAGGGCUCCAAUUGAGCCCGAAAAGACGAACUUGACGAUAUCAGCAGAUAGCUAUGGAACUGCGUGCGUUCAAGCCUAUACUGUCUCUCAGAGACUCGGCAACAGCCCCGAGGAGACGGAUCAAGACUGCUUGUUUCUAAACGUAUACGCGCCCGAGGAAGCUAACAACCUUCCGGUUUUUUUUUACGUCCAUGGAGGAGGUUAUUUGCUCGGAGAUGGUAACCCAGACUUGUCUCUGCUUCUAAACAGCCACGACGGGGAGUUCAUGGCCGUCUCAUUCAACUACCGAGUUGGCGCUUAUGGCUUUCUUUCUUCAGAGGAUGUCAAGCAAAACGGAGACCUAAAUGCAGGUAUUCUGGAUCAAAGGCUAGCGCUGGAAUGGGUGCAGAAAUACGUCCACCUAUUUGGGGGAGACUGUUCCAACGUGACCAUCUAUGGGGACUCUGCAGGGGGAGGGUCAGUCAUGCUUCAUGCAAUGGCGUACGGUGGUGCUGAUGGCGACAGACUGUUCCAAAAGGUUAUAGCAGCUUCACCCUAUCUACCAAAGCAGUACAAGUACAAUGACGACUACCCGACCUUCCUGUAUGACCAAUUUGCACAAUUUAGUGGUUGUGGGGAUGCUAAAGAUAAGAUGGCUUGCUUGCGUACGCAGGAUAUGGAGGUCCUCCGGGAAGCCAACGAUAAUGUCACAGCUGCUGCAGUCAACGGGACGUUUGGCUUUGCACCUGUGACAGACGGGAAUCUCAUCCCGGGGCCUCCCUCCGUCCAACUGGUCGAGAAGAAAGCAGUCAAUGGGCAGUUCAUGUUGACCAACCACAACGCUGACGAGGCACCUGGUUUUGUGCCUGCAAACAUCACUACAGAAGCUGACCUGGUCGACUUUAUACGAAUAAGAUUUCAGUGGUUCGACGAUGAAGACAUCUCUGCACUUUUGGAGACAUAUCCCCUUACUAGCUGUAGCAGAAACGCGUCAAACCCUCGCUUUGCUACAGCAGGAGACAGUGGUCCUACAGCAGUCGAGGUUUCCCCAUAUGCGGUCGGCAAUCAGCAGCGUGCCUAUGCCAUUUUCUCCGAGGCAAACUUUGCGUGCCCUUCCUACUGGCUCGCUACAGCGUACACGGAUAAUUACGCCAAGACGUCCUACCUCCACACCUAUGCCAACCAACUCGCGCUCCAUUCAUUCGAUGCCAUGGUAUACUUUAAUAAGCCUUCGCCAUCGCAAGGUCCGGCAUUUGUUCGAGCAUUGCGAGCGAUCUGGGGCGCUUUCAUCACCACAGGGUCUCCCAAUAUCCCUAGUGCUGUUGCCAAUAACUCUGGAUCCGAUGUCCUAUCACACUGGCCAGUCUGGGGACACGAUCGCAUGGUCGUGUAUAAUCAGACUGGCGGCGUGCUCUCAAGUGAUGCUUCGCCGCGGGGGAAUAUUUCCGAUUACCAUGAUCCAGGUCUGAGAAACGACUUUCGUGAAGUCAAUGCCAGGACUUGGGAGGGAGGCAGAGGCAAUAGAUGCGACUUUUGGAAGCGCAUGGCUCCUAAAGUGCCCAUGUAG